GUGAAGCCAAGUGGAGUAUGAGAACCUGAGCCAGGGCACUGAGGGCAGAGGAAAUUAGUUCCAGCAGCAACAUGGCACUGUGGACACACAGGCUGCUGGCACUGUAACGUGUGUAUCAGACACUGCUAACAGUAGCAGCUGCCGGUGAUGAUGAUAGUAGCAGUGCCGGGGGAAUAAUGGGAACCAGAGGUGGAGGUGCUGGGUAGAAACACAGAGAUGCACCGUGGAUUUGACAGAAGGAAAUACAGCGGCGGCUCGACUAGCAAACAUUAGCUAGCUAGCCAGCUAGGCGGUUGGUGCUGCAGCUGGAUGUUCGCUUCAUUUCCUUUCACGGUGCUAGCCGUAUCGACUCGGUUGAGAGCGGCAUGUGAGAGGGGAGUGCCAGGCUUCAGCUGUCCGGGGCUUCAUGGUCAGGACGGCUCAUGAAUGAAAACCCUUCACCGCUGCUGCUCGGCGUUAGCCAGCUAGCUAGCUAACAGCACGUCAGCAUAACGGGAUGAUGGCUGAAGGGUAAUUUCCAAGGAGUCACGUCCCCUCAACCCAAAGGGACCCCACUUCCUCUUUUUCACUGUCAUCUGCAGUUUUGCAACCCCCCCUUGGCUGUCCUUGCGUGUCCUAUCUCUACUAAUUUCCCUUGUCUGUAUGGUACAGUAGGAUCAUGUGAAUUCAUUUUGAAUUGGACAUUUGUCCUGACACUCUCCUGACUAAAAGACAGGAUAACCUUCAUGUUUGAAAAACUGACAAGGUGAUCUGAUAUCAACUUCCUGCCCAUCUGAGAUCGCCUUCUUUGGUUCCACAACCCCAUCCCUUUUCUAGUGUCAUUGGGCCAUGGUUCGCAAGAAAGGUUCUCUUAUACUAUGCAGUGCUUUCCUGUUUGUUGCCUGGAAUGCUCUGCUUCUGCUCUAUCUUUGGGGUCCUCCCGUCGGCCGCCUCGGAGAAGGUGGUGGAGCCGAACCAGGAGGAAAGGAGGAGUGGGGCAUGGUGAAAGGAGGCGGGGUUAACCUGGCCGGGGAGGUGAUCCGGCUGGCAGAGGAGGUGGAAGUCCAGCUGGAUACCCAGAAGAAGCUACUGAAGCAGAUUGAAAGUCACAGAGCCAUGUGGGCCAGGCGGAAAGAUGUCGGGAAAAGAGAAAUGGAGGAUAGAAAAGAAGUCAAAGAAGAGGUUGUCCACCAGCCACAGAAGCUUCAACCUAUCAAGGAUAACGUGGAUGAUACGGACCAAACUCGAGUGAAACAAACGCAGAGGCCUGUUAAUACAGAAGCUUUAGACACUAACUUAGAUAAUCCCCAGGUCAAUGUACCAAAGGAAGAGAUUGGCGAGAACAAAUUGCAGACUUCCCCUGCCACCCCAGAAGUCGUCAUCCCCAUCCUGGUUAUUGCCUGUGACAGAGUGACCGUGAAACGGAGCCUGGACAGACUGAUACAGUACCGCCCUUCUGCACAACUUCAUCCAAUCAUCGUCAGCCAGGACUGCGGCCACGCAGAGACGGCUCGGGUGAUUGGCUCGUACGGAGAUCAAGUGAUGCACAUCCGCCAACCGGACCUGUCGGACAUCAGAGCGCGGCCGGAGCACAGGAAGUUCCAGGGCUACUACAAGAUCUCCCGGCAUUACCACUGGGCCCUCAAGCAAGUGUUCAACACGCUCUCCCACUCCACUGUGGUCAUAGUGGAGGACGACCUGGAGGUGGCCCCUGACUUCUUUGAGUAUUUCCGAGCACUGUACCCGAUCCUGCACGCCGACCCCACCCUGUGGUGUGUUUCUGCGUGGAACGAUAACGGCAGAGACGCCCUGGUGGACCCCUCCAAAGCUGAGCUGCUCUACAGGACAGACUUCUUCCCCGGGCUGGGCUGGAUGCUGCUCAAAGAGAUGUGGGCAGAACUGGAACCCAAGUGGCCCUCAGCCUUCUGGGACGACUGGAUGCGUCAGCCGGAGCAGCGUAAGGAGCGCUCCUGCAUCCGCCCCGAAAUCUCCCGCACCAUCACCUUCGGCCGCAAAGGCGUCAGCUUAGGUCAAUUCUUCGACCAGUACCUGCGCUACAUUAAGCUAAACACUGAGUUUGUGCCUUUUACCAAACAGGAUUUGUCUUAUUUGCUUCAAGAGAAGUACGAUGAAAGGCUUAUAAAAGAGGUCUACAGCGCCCCCCUGGUGAAGAUGGAGGAGCUGCAGCAGGGGGGCACCCUGAGGGGCCCGGGGCCCUUCAGGGUGCAGUACUCGAGCCGCGACACUUUCAAAGUCUUUGCUCGAAAUCUAGGAGUGAUGGACGACUUGAAAUCUGGAGUUCCUCGCACAGGUUACAGGGGCGUAGUGAACUUCCUGUACCGGGGUCGCAGGGUAUUCCUGGCCCCCCCCGAGGGCUGGACGCAGUAUGAUGUGAGCUGGAGCUGAGGGACUCAUCCACUCUGAACUAUGUGACCGGUGAUGAAGAGGGAGGCAGCCUUACUCAGAGGAACACCCUCUCAGACCAAAGAAUAUCAGAGCAGAACCAGAGUGUGACCCCGCCUGUGUGUGAGGGAAACGAGAUGCUUAUUCAGCAAGUGCAACGGCCACACACACUUCACAGAGAGCGUGAGGAAAAUUAAUUCCACCUUGAACACUGUUUGAUAACAGCUGCUGGCAACGUGCCUUGCUUUCUGGGCCCAUUUGUUUGGUGUAUUUUUUAUUCCUAUGAAAAACCGGCCAAAUGUAGACUUUGCAAGUGUUUGGGGAAUAUGGUAGCAGGAAGUCAUUUGAAUUGUCAACAGAAAGGCCAUGUUUCAGUGUGGGUGAUAAUACAAGCAAAAUGAUCCUUUUAGAAUUUAGCAAAGUUUAUAAAGAAGCUGUUAAAAUGAAUGUUUAAGGUGGUUAACAAACGCCAUAUCCUGUGCUGAAGGCAUCAUAUGAAGUGCUGAUGGGCAACAUUAAAGCUGGAAGGCUUCAUUAGCAAACAUACAGAGAGGAAGAAGAAGCUGAGACAUCAACUUUCCAAAUGAAAUGUAUCCAAACUGCUAUCAGUCUGCUGAGCAGCUCAUCAAAUCGGCUAGAGAAUAUUAAAAGUAACAGAUGUAAGGUGGGAGGUAGAAAUAAAAUAAGUAGAAAUUUGAUCAGACCGAACAUGGAGUCAGUACAAACCAUGUCAUAUUUCUGUUUCACUCUCUGUAGUGUUGAACUGUAGCUUAGAAGUCCAUCCUCCAGUGGUUGACUUCACGGUGUUAGUAUUGAUUUUAAUGAACGAGACCUCUCUUGGUGAAAUAAAAAAAAAAGUGUUUUGAUACUUUACACCCCCCUGUUGAUGGAUUAGCAGAGCUACAAGCAUCUAUUGUUUUUCCAACCAAGUUUAGAUUUAAACGCUUCAACUUCACAUGACACAUGAACAUCGCCGUCCCCAUCUGAACAAGUCAUAUCAGUUCUAUUCUAGCUUGGGUAAAAAAUGGAUAUGGGGUGCUACAUGUUAUCAAUGACGCUGCGUUCAUGCUUUGAUCAUGUGGGAGUGGCCAUGUUUAAAUCUAAACUGGAUUGGAAAAACAAAAGAAGCCACGACCAUCGACCGAGACUGUAUAUCAUUCUUUGUGUGACACAUUUCAUGAGCUGCGCAUCAGAAUAAGCUUUCUUGCCCAGUGCAUUGUGGGUAAUUAUACAAGGACAUGUCUCUGGGUUUAGAGUGCUCUCAAUGUACCUACACACUGUUCCAAGAACAGUUUACAGGAAGAUAGGAGUAGACAAAUAUAGGUUGAAACAAACAAUAAUCAUAAUAAAGAGUCCUGGGUAAACAGGUAGGUGGAAGCUCAUUGGCUGAGUUUAUAUGAAGUAGGCGGGACCACAGAAUCAAGUCUUAAUGUAUGAUGUAUUUCAUGUUCUGAAUAGCCCAGUUUAAAGGCCCAUCCAUGUGAUGGCUGGAGAGAAUUUACUUCUAAAGAGAAUCACUUUCUACAAGGGAGUGUCUAAAUGUGUUGAAGGAAAUAGUCAAUAUGAAGGAAGAAAUUGUAAUAGUAAGGAUAUUUUUCAAGAUAUUUAACGUUCUUGAACUUUUAACAAGUUUGCAAAAGCGCAAAUGAUAUGUACAUGUCACUGAUUUCCUGAUGACCCCCCUGCAGCCCUGACCCAGGGUCAGCUGUAAUCACAUCACAUGACAUCCAAACAAAGGUUUGGGCAGCUUAGGUUUGUUACAGAACCACUGAUUGUUGACAGGUUUGAUUUGUGCUACAUGAAGGCUGUGGAGAGAGGACUUUAUCACUGUACUGUAACGCUUUGGGAGGUUCUCCACCACAUGGAUCCCAUGUCUGAAUGGUGAUGUGUAAAACCACUGCCUGUGUUUAGAACUUUAAUACAGUACAAAUAAAAUCAACUAUUUUGAUAUCUGCCCA